CUCAUUUUUCCCCAUCUCUCCCAUCUCCACAUUUCACGUCUCUUUCUCUCUCUCUCUCUCUCUCUCUUUCUCUGCACAUCAUUUGCAUGCGACGGUUACGAUGGGCAUUUGUUUCUCUAGCGAGUCCGUCAAGAAGACGCCGUCGCAUCGGGUAGUUCAUCAUCCGCCGGCUACCGGCGCCAAUUCCAGCAAUCGAUGGACUCGAAUGCGAUCCUCCAAAAAGGAUAAGUUCGAUGAUGCCGGAAUUCAUGACCAGGCUCUCGCAGCAGCCGCGAUUCUUUUGCAGCAACAGUUGCAGAACGGCGGCGGAGGUUCCUUGCCCUUCGAUCGAUCGGCAUCUCUCCGGUAUUCGGUUCCCAGCUCUAAGAAGCAGCAGGGCCUUCCACGGAGUUCCAGCACUAGGGCGCGGUCAUUGACUGAUCCUCUGCUUCAGCCUCAGCAACUUCUUAAUCAGGAUUUGGAGCUUGAUAAUAUAGAGACAAAUCAUUUUGUUCUUGUGCAUGGAGGAGGUUUUGGUGCCUGGUGUUGGUAUAAGUCAAUAGCUCUUUUAGAAGAAGGUGGAUUCAGAGUUACAGCUAUAGAUUUAACUGGUUCUGGGAUUCAUUCAUCUGAUGCUAAUAAAAUUACAAGUCUUUCUCAAUAUGUGAAGCCACUUGCUGAUUUUCUUGAAACUCUUGCUCAAGAUGAGAAGGUUAUUUUGGUAGGACAUGAUUUCGGGGGCACGUGUAUAUCAUACGCAAUGGAAAUGUUCCCACUCAAAAUCUCGAGAGCAGUUUUCUUAGCUGCAACAAUGUUGACAAGUGGACAUAGUACACUCGAUAUUCUUUCGCAAAAGGAACACUCAAACGAAAUGGACCAAGCACAAGUGUUUGUGUAUGCGAAUGGGAAGGAUUGUCCUCCAACUUCAAUUGAUCUCGACAAAUCGUUGUUAAGAGACCUAUUAUUUAAUCAGUGUCCUUCCAAGGAUGUUGCUUUGGCAUGUGUUUCAAUGCGACAGAUUCCAUUUGCACCGGUUUUGGAGAAACUGACACUCUCGGAGAACAAUUAUGGUUCAAUUAGGCGAUUCUAUAUAGAGACGCCAGAAGAUAAUUUCAUGCCAAUUGAGCUACAAGAAAGCAUGAUAAAUAAAAGUCCACCAGAACAGGUUUUUCGUCUUAAAGGUGGCGACCAUUCACCAUUUUUCUCGAAACCACAGUCCCUGCACAAGAUUUUGGUAGAGAUUUCAAAGAUCCCGACUUCAUCUUCUUCUUCUUAAAGGUUUGUUUGAAUUGUGCAUUUAUCUAGAAGAUCAUUCUUCCAGGCUUAUAAUAGGAGGAUAAACUCAAUUGAUGUGCAUUUUCUCAAAGCUUAAGCCAUUAGUAUCUCAUAGAGCAGAAUAAUUCAUGAAUUCUUUUUUUGCUAUAUGAUUUAUUGGGAUAAUUAGAGUUAAUAUGUACUUAUGGAACCGUUUUAACGGUUUUCGCCUUGACAAAUAUUAUCGUAAAUGGAUCUUCGAUAAAUAUGCUCUUUAUUGAA